GGGACNUCCGGGAUGGCGCUCCCGGGUCCCCUCCGGCCGCGCAAAGUUCGCAGGAGGCGAGAGAUGCUGCUGCAGCAGAUUGGCUUCCUGUGCGCGGUGCUGGCUCUGGCGUGCUGUGCGUCCGGCCUUUUCGGCAGCUUGGGGCGCAAAACAGCGUCGGCAAGCAGACACUUUCUGCCAGACACAUGGAGAAGCAGAAAGCUGAUGGCACCACUGAAUGGAACUCAGGCAGCUAAGAACUGCACAGACCCUGCGAUUCACGAGUUCCCCACGGACCUGUUCUCCAAUAAGGAGCGACAGCGCGGCGCCGUCCUGCUGCACAUCCUCGGUGCUCUAUACAUGUUCUACGCCCUGGCCAUAGUGUGCGAUGACUUCUUCGUUCCGUCUCUAGAGAAGAUCUGUGAGAAGCUCCAUCUGAGUGAAGAUGUGGCUGGAGCCACCUUCAUGGCUGCGGGAAGCUCGACACCCGAGCUGUUUGCCUCUGUUAUUGGCGUGUUCAUCACCCACGGGGACGUCGGGGUUGGGACCAUUGUGGGCUCUGCUGUGUUCAACAUCCUGUGUAUAAUCGGAGUCUGUGGAUUAUUCGCGGGACAGGUGGUCCGGCUGACGUGGUGGGCCGUGUGCCGGGACUCCGUGUAUUACACCCUGUCCGUCAUCGUGCUCAUUGCCUUCAUAUAUGAUGAAGAAAUUGUAUGGUGGGAAGGCCUGGUCCUCAUCAUCCUGUACGUGUUUUACAUUCUCAUCAUGAAGUACAACGUGAAGAUACAGGCCUUUUUCACGAUCAAACAAAAGACCGUUGCGAAUGGCAACACGGUCAGCAGCGAGCUGGAGGAUGGUAAUGAUUACUGUGGUAGUAGCUCUGAUGACCCUUCCAUGCCAUUGCUGGGGCCAGUGAAAGAGGAGCCACAGUACAGCAAAAACCCAGUGGUGAUGGUGGACGAGGUCAUGAGCUCCAGCCCCCCCAAGUUCAGCUUCCCGGAGGCGGGCUUGCGCAUAAUGAUCACCAAUAAGUUUGGGCCCAGGACCCGACUGCGGAUGGCCAGCAGGAUCAUCAUUAACGAGAGGCAGAGACUCAUCAACUCAGCGAACGGUGUGAGCAGAAAACCACUUCAAAACGGGAGGCAAGAGAACAUCAAAAACGGGAAUGUUCCCAUGGAAAACCCCGAAGACCCUCGGCAGGAGCAAGAGCGGCAGCCCCUGCCCCCACCGCCACCCCCAGAGCCAGAGCCGGUGGAGACUGCCAUCCUGUCCCCCUUCUCCAUGCCCGCGACAAGAGGGGACAAAGCCAAGUGGAUGUUCACCUGGCCACUCAUCUUCCUCCUGUGCAUCACCAUCCCCAACUGCAGCAAGCCUCGCUGGGAGAAGUUCUUCAUGGUCACCUUCAUCACUGCCACACUGUGGAUUGCUGUCUUCUCCUACCUAAUGGUGUGGCUGGUGACUAUUAUCGGGUACACAUUUGGGAUCCCUGACGUCAUCAUGGGCAUCACUUUCCUGGCAGCGGGCACGAGCGUCCCAGACUGCAUGGCCAGCUUAAUCGUGGCGAGACAAGGCCUUGGCGACAUGGCAGUCUCUAACACCAUAGGAAGCAACGUGUUCGACAUCCUCGUGGGGCUCGGCAUUCCGUGGGGUCUGCAGACCAUGGUUAUCAAUUACGGAUCCACGGUGAAGAUCAACAGCCGGGGCCUGGUCUACUCCGUGGUGCUGCUGCUGGGCUCCGUGGCACUCACCGUCCUCGGCAUCCACCUAAACAAGUGGAGACUGGACUGGAAGCUGGGCGUCUACGUGCUGGUUCUCUACGCCAUCUUCUUGUGCUUUUCCAUUAUGAUAGAGUUUAACGUCUUCACCUUUGUCAACUUGCCGAUGUGCCGAGAAGAUGAUUAAAGCUGAGCCGCUGCCCCCCUGGGAGCUGUCCUGGACACUGACGCUAGGGUCCUCCCCUCUCCCCCCCCAUGAGUCUCCUGCACCGGCAGCCACCAGCCACCAGCCACUGUCUGGUCUUUCUUACACUGGAAGGAAGAGCCAGCGUGGUCUUUGGUCAUAGGCCAGGCUGCUGGGCAUCCACCUCCUCUUUGGAGUUCUGCCCCCCAAAAAGGCAAGAUUUGGGGGCCGCUAUUUGAGCAGCUUCUCAGACCUGAGCUGCCAGUCACAGGGAUGUGGCAUGUGUCUCAUCUCUCUCAGACACCUCGAUCAGAAGGACUUCUGUGUGCAGUUUGUCUUUCUGUUUUGCGACAUCCUCAGAAAUGAGGCGGUCGGUGAAGGUGAGGUUUCCUGGGGCAAGUGCAAAUAGGAAUGUUGUCCUCAAGUGUCUCCUCCGGGCCAGACGGGGUGAGUUCCUUUGGUGGCCUGUGCUGCGAAGAGCCGCCAACUUCUGCUGGAGCACUCACGGUUUGGAGGGGAGCACUCACAACCUGCUGGGGGUGCGGGGCCAUGACGGCAGACAUCCCACCCCUUUUUCUGCACAAAUUGGAAGAAUGGAAACAGUUUUUCAGGUUUUUUGGGUUCGUUUGUGUUUUUUUUAUAGCGGAAGAGAGAAAACAAGAACACAGUACUCUUAUUUUCAUUGAUGCAUUCAGAGAAUGAGCAAUGAAAUAUUAAAAAUAAAAUGUCCUAUAGAUCAUCAUACUUGAAAAAUAGUCCAUACACAAGGACCAUGAUGAGGCCCAAGAGGUGACACUCACAGAAAACAAAUGCUGUGUGCAUCAUGUUGCGGGGACGCUGAGACGCUUGGUUUGGAACUUGGGAGAGAGCGAGAGACUAACAUCGAAACGGUGCUAAUUCAGAGGCGGCGGCGAUCGUAGUUCACAGCCAUGCAUUCCAGACCUUCCGUGUGGCACGACACACUGUCCCUUUGGGUUGGUCGUUUCUUUGUUAAUGCUCUACUCUCAGAACCAUCCUGUUGAAAGACCCAAUUGUGUAUAUGCCCAACAAAUUUCAUAGCCUGCUGAACUGGAAUGGGUGUGCCAGCGGUAACGGUUAAUGGCAUGAAGAGAGAUUUCCUGGAACCGGAACUUGGAAUGUUUAGAGCUCAGUUUCUUGAAUCUUACAGUUCACUACACAUGCAAAGCCAAGGAUGAGAGGCUGAUGCAAAAAUAGAAAAAUAUUAAACAAUUCUCGACCGCUUCCUAGCUCUCCAGUAUAUAUUAAAAAGAUUUACGAACACAAA